GGGCGCACGCUGCAAGCCGGUGUUAUGGCGGCGGCGCGCAGCCGGAAGCGGCGUCUGGCCGAGCUGACAGUGGAUGAGUUCCUCACGUCUGGCUUUGAUGCGGAGUCCGAGUCGGAGCCCGAAGCCGUUCCCGAGAACAAGGCACGGGCAGCACACAGGGCUAGCCGGCGCCCAGGUCGGGCCUCCGAGCACAAGGAGCAGCUGGGUCGCCUGAAGGACAAGGACCCCGAGUUCUAUAGGUUCCUGCAAGACAAUGACCGGAGCUUGCUGGACUUCAGUGCCUCGGAUAGCUCCGAGGAUGAGGGCGAGCAGCUGCACUCCCUGCCAGAGCGGCUGGAGGAAGCCAGCCAGGAGGGGAGCACCGAGGAGGAAGAAGAUGGGGCAGGGGCCUCCAGAGACCUGAGGGGGAGGAAGGACGGGACCACUGCAGUGUCCCUCGCUCUGGUUGAGAGAUGGAAGCAGGCAGCCAAGCAACGCCUGUCUCCAAAGCUGUUUCGGGAAGUGGUGCAGGCCUUCCGGGCAGCAGUGGCUACCACUCAGGGAGACCAGGAAGGAGUUGAGGGCAGCAGGUUCCAGGUCACAGACAGUGCUGUGUUCAAUGCCUUGGUCACCUUCUGCAUCCGAGACCUCUUUGGCUGUCUCCAGAAGCUGCUGUUUGGGAGGGCAGCCAAGGAUAGAAGCAGGGCUCUGCCACCAUCGAGCAGCCCACUCUGGGGGAAGCUACGUGUGGACGUGAAGGCCUACCUGAGCUCCGUGGUGCAGCUGGUGACCUGCCUGGCAGAAGCAACAGUGUCAGCGGCUGUCCUCCGGCACAUCAGCAGCCUGGUGCCCUACUUCCUCACCUUCCCGAAACAGUGCCGCAUGCUGCUCAAGAGGAUGGUGGUCCUGUGGAGUACGGGUGAGGAAUCCCUGCGAGUGCUGGCCUUCCUUGUCCUUCUCCGGCUUUGCCGACACAAGAAGGACGCCUUCCUGAGCCCUGUCCUCAAGCAAAUGUACAUCAUGUAUGUGAGGAACUGCAGGUUCACCUCCCCGGGCAGCCUGCCCCUCAUCACCUUCAUGCAGCGCACCCUGACGGAGCUGCUGGCCCUGGACCCCAGCCUCGCCUACCAGCUCGCCUUCCUCUAUGUCCGCCAACUUGCCAUUCAUCUGCGCAGUGCCAUGACCACACGCAAGAAGGAGACGUAUCAGUCUGUGUACAACUGGCAGUACGUGCACUGCCUCUACCUGUGGUGCCGUGUGCUUAGCAGCGAAGGUUCCCGUGACGCCCUCCAGCCCUUGGUCUACCCCCUUGCCCAGAUCAUCAUCGGUUGCAUCAAGCUGGUACCCACUGCUCGCUUCUAUCCCCUGCGCAUGCACUGUGUUCGUGCCCUCACACUGCUGUCAGAGAGCACGGGCACCUUCAUUCCUGUGCUGCCCUUCAUCCUCGAGGUUUUCCAGCAGGUGGACUUCAAUAAGAAGCCAGGCCGGAUGAGCUCCAAGCCCAUCAACUUUUCCGUGAUCCUGAAGUUGUCCAGCGUGAACCUGCAGGAGAAGGCGUACCGGGACGGCCUGGUGGAGCAGCUGUGUGACCUCACCUUGGAGCACCUGCAAGGCCACGCCCACAGCAUUGCCUUCCCAGAGCUGGCACUGCCCGCAGUCCUACAGCUCAAGUCCUUCCUCCGGGAGUGUAAGGUGGCCAAUUACUGCCGGCAGGUGCGUCAGCUGCUGGAGAAACUGCAGGAGAACGCGGAGCACAUCCGCGGCCGGCGCCAGGGUGUCCCCUUCGGCGUGUCCAGCUCCCAGGCAGUGGAUACCUGGGAGAAGCAGAUGCAGGACGAGGGGACCCCGCUCAGCAGGUACUAUAGCCACUGGCGCAAGCUGAGGGACCGCGAGAUCCAGCUGGAGAUCAGUGGCAAGGAGCGGCUGGAAGAGCUCAACUUCCCCGAGAUCAAACGGCGCAAGGUGGGGGACACGAAGGAGCAGGACAGAGUGGAAUUCAAGGAGCUCUUUGACCUGGACAGCGAUGACGAGGAUGUGAAGGACUUGGCAGACACAGGUGGGGCAGCAGGGUCACCUGUGUCCCUGAGAGCUGUGCAGGACGAGGAAGAGGGCAGCUUGGAGGACGAGGACCAGGAUGGGAGCAGCUCAGAGGAUGGAGGCCCAGAUGUGGAGGCGGGGCUGGCCCCUGGGGAGCUGCGGCUGCUGGCCCAGGGGCCCGAAGAUGAGCUGGAGGAACUGCAGCUCUCGGAGGAAGACUGAGGGUCCUGGGUAGGCCUUCCCCCUGGUGCAACAGACCAAGGGCCCAGGAGCCCUGCAGAGGAGGCUCACGGGGAGCUGACCCUGAGUCCUGGCUGCUUCAUCUGUAGGCAACAACCUUGGAGAGGUCUUAGGAAAAGCUGUUUCCUUUUA